AUGCAUUUGCCUGCCGCCAUUGUCUCCUUUCUGCUGGCCGGCACCACAUUGGGCCUGCAGAGUCCCCAUCGUAAAGCCAUUCAUCUGGCUCGCAAGCACCAGAUCCGAGCCCCUAGAGCCGUGCCACGUAGCGAUGACGGCGGCUACCAGUACCUGAACAAGAAGACCGAGCGAUUCCUCGUCGAUGGCAAGGGCAUCCCCGAGGUUGACUUUGACGUGGGUGAGUCGUACGCCGGCCUGUUGCCCAACACGCCCAGCGGCAACUCGAGUCUCUUCUUCUGGUUCUUCCCCUCCACCAACCCCAAAGCGACCGACGAGAUUACUAUCUGGCUGAACGGCGGCCCUGGAUGCAGUUCCCUGGACGGUCUCUUGCAAGAGAACGGUCCCUUUCUGUGGCAGUCGGGCACCUACAAGCCCCUGCCCAAUCCCUACUCGUGGACAAAAUUGACCAACGUCGUCUACGUUGAUCAGCCGGCAGGAACGGGAUUCUCACCCGGCCCAUCGACCGUCAGGAAUGAGGAGGACGUUGCUGCGCAGUUCAACAGCUGGUUCAAGCAAUUCUCCGACACCUUUGGCCUGCAUGGACACAAGGUGUAUUUGACCGGCGAGAGCUACGCAGGUCAGUACAUCCCGUAUAUCGCGUCAGCGAUGCUGGAUGAGAAGGACACCAAGUACUUCAAUGUCAAGGGGAUCCAGAUCAAUGACCCGUCUAUCAAUGAUGACUCGGUCAUGAUCUACGCCCCCGCGGUGCGACACCUCUCGCACUACAAGAGCGUUUUCGCUUUGAACGACAGCUUCGUCUCGCACAUCGAGACACAGGCCGAGAAUUGCGGCUACAAUAAAUUCUUGGACGAGGCACUGACCUUCCCACCGCCCAAGGACUUCCCAUCGGCGCCAGAUCCCUCGCGCGAUGGCUGUGCUGUGUGGGACGAGAUCCUGGCGGCGGCAUUUAACGUGAACCCUUGCUUCAACAUGUACCAUCUGACGGACUUCUGUCCAUACCUCUGGGACGAGAUGGGAUUCCCGUCUCUGGCUGGCCCGCCUAACAACUACUUCAACCGCUCGGACGUGCAGAAAGCCAUUCACGUUCCGCCAACGAACUACGCUGUAUGCGGUGGUCACAUCUUCCCUGGCGGAGAUCAGUCCGUGCCCAGCGCAUUGGGGCCGCUGGCUUCGGUUAUUGAACGCACCAAUAACACUAUCAUUGGCCACGGAUGGCUCGAUUACUUGCUCUUCAUGAAUGGCUCCCUCGCUACCAUCCAGAACAUGACUUGGAACGGAGCCCAGGGAUUCCAGCGGCAGCCUGACGAACCGCUCUACGUGCCAUACCAUAAGGGAUUGGCCGAGCUGCCUAAUGGGAAUGUCAAGCAGCCGUUUAUUUGGGAUGCUGGUGCUGGAAUCCUCGGUACUGCGCAUACGGAACGUGGCCUAACCUUUACGACGGUGUACUUGGCCGGUCAUGAAAUCCCCCAAUAUACCCCCGGCGCCGCGUAUCGGCAGUUAGAAUUCCUGCUCGGUCGAAUCGACAGUUUGCAGGAUCGCGGUGGAUAUACAGCUCCGGUGAACUGA